AUGAGUAUCUUGUGGCUCCUCUCCUGCGUGGCACUUGCAAGUGCAGCACAGAACUGUGGUGUCCCUGCGAUUGAGCCGGUCAUCAGUGGCUACACCCGCAUUGUCAACGGAGAGGAGGCAGUGCCUGGAUCAUGGCCUUGGCAGAUCACUUUGCAGGACAACACUGGAUGGCACUUUUGCGGCGGGUCUCUUGUCAGUGAGCACUGGGUGGUGACCGCUGCCCACUGCGGGGUGACGAAGUCCAACGUUGUAGUGCUUGGGGAACACGACCGUAGCUCUUCUGCGGAGAAUAUACAAAAACUGGCUAUUGAACAGGUCUUCACCCACCCAGACUGGGACCCCGUUGCUAUCAACAAUGACAUUGCCCUGAUCAAGCUGGCCACGCCUGCCCAGCUAGGUGCCAAAGUAUCCCCUGUGUGCCUGACAGAUGCUGCGGACGACUUCCAAAGUGGUGAUCUCUGUGCCACCAGCGGGUGGGGCAAGACGCGCUACAACGCCUUCAAUACCCCCAGCAAACUGCAGCAGACAGCCCUGCCCCUGCUGUCCAAUGAGCAGUGCAAGGAGUCUUGGGGCAGCAACAUUUCAGACCUGAUGAUCUGUGCCGGUGCAGCUGGCUCCUCUUCAUGCAUGGGUGAUUCCGGCGGCCCCCUUGUGUGCCAGAACGGAGGCAUUUGGAAGCUGGUGGGCAUUGUGUCUUGGGGCAGCAGCCGCUGCUCUGUCACCACCCCUGCUGUGUAUACCCGUGUCAGUGCCGUCCGCGAAUGGGCUGAAACAGUCAUGGCAGAGAACUGA